AUGGACGUCACAGCGUCCACUCUCCAUAGGACCAGUCCACUCGAUUUCGAUUUCGCCAAGAUCCAGCCUUUCGUCAAAUCCGGCACGUUUCUGGAACCACACGACACUACAGCCUUUUCUUCAAACGAGCCCCUUCAGCCUGCAUCCUCCAAACGCACCAACCGCUCCGCAAUGCGUUUCUCCUCAAAUGCAGGCAUCAUUGAAGAGUACGCACGGUCAUGGAACAGUCAAGAUGUUAGCAGCAGUCUGCCUCAUGAUGACGGGAAAGAGUUUGGACAGCUUGUUAUUCCAAGAACGGCGGACGACACACCGAGAUGGCCUUUCAUCAAUGACGAUAGUCUUAACACACCCGACUCGAUAGAUGCGGAGCCACUUUUCCCUUCCUCGGCAAGCACCGUCUCGCACCCAAGGCAGAUACACCGCAUCGAUGAAGACUUGGAAGAACUGGCUGCCUUGUAUGUCGCGCCCUUAGACGCUGUACCCGAAACUUCGGAAGCCGAAUUACUCCCUCCGCCACCUCCAGCUCGACUAUCAAACCGUCGUUCUCUAGGCAAGGUCAUGACUUCUGCUGAGUUCGAGAGUUUUCGGAGGCGGAAAAUCCUUGAAGAGACGGAAAGACUCUUCUACGAGGGCGAAAACGAGGAAGACAAGAUCGAUUAUGACGUGGUUGAUGAAGUAGACCUUGCUAGAAAGCAGAUGACACAGCGUAAGAGGCAGCAGGUACACCUUGAUAGCUAUCGACAGCAGAUGAUGAAGACAACAAAGGGGCAUGAGCUUCCACCUAUGCGUUCUCAUUCACGAAUGUCUUCCGCAUUUUCCUUCAAGACGACAGUCCGGGGUCAUAGAGAAGAAGCCCAUACGCAAUACGGCGGUGACGAUGAAGAUGAGGAUGACGUGCCGCUAGCUUUGCUCCAGAUAAAGCAACGAUCGGAGGGAAGAGAAGCUCCCAUGCAUAUCGCAGAUGGCAGGUCGGAGUAUGGUGUGCAGCUCCAGCCAGCUCCAGAGAACAGAAGACAGCAGCCGCGGUCCCCAAUGCCGGCUUUUGCCAGCAAGUUACCGCGCGAUCCUUUCGCUGGAAACGCAAACCCAUCUUGGCCGAUGAGUAACCAGCAACCCAUUCCCGGUGGUCUUGUCGGUGUGAUAGCAAGUGAGGAACGUGCGAAGGCCAUGCGUCGAGCUAUACCGAGCCAUGGCUUCCAGCCGCUCCCCGAUACCAACAAUGCUUUCAACUGGGCAUCGUCGUCGCAUCAGCCACCUCCAAUGCCGGGCGCAUAUGGCAUGCCAAUGGUGCAACCGCCAAUGCCAUAUUCUCGACCACAAACGCCAGUCGCAGUGCCACAUCUUCCUCAAGCCCCUGCCAAUCAUCAGAUGUUCAACUUUAUACAAGCCCAGACUGACUUUUUCCGAAGUAUGGCAACCAUCAAUCAAAAAAGAAAUGGCCAGCCAUGGGACAACUUUUCGUCACAGCAGUCCGUGAUGAACAUGGGGGUUCCCAGUGGGAUGCCCAGCCGUGCCCCCUCAAACUAUGCCCCUUCCAACUACGCACCAUCUAAUUAUGCGUCUUCGAAUUAUGCGAGGUCAACAUAUGCUCGCUCAAAUUACGCCAAGUCUGUUCACCAACGUGAUGGGGGAUAUGCCGCCUCAGUUGCCCCGUCCGAACGCAAUACUGUUGGUAUGCCAAGUCGCUACAGGCCGGUAUCCAAAGCGGCACACCCAGGACACGCAGAGAGAGAGACCCAAGCUUCCGCAAGAGUCUCUACUAGCAGUGACUGGAAUCAUAACCGCAAGGCAAGGCUAGACACGCAAGCUAUUCUUGAAGCAGACACCACUGACAGCGAUGAUGAUGAAGCAUUCUGGAGAGCCAGAAAAGCAAAGCGAGACAGGAGAAGAGCCAUGUGUUUUCAAGACAACGAUUUGGGAAUAAGGCCAGAGUGGAUUGGAUAG